AGCUGUGUAAAUCAGAAGUAAAAUGUUAACAGUGAGUGAGGUGCUGGUAUUUUUUGUGGUGUCUCUGCUGUUGAUAGAGUUUCUGAAACUGCAAUGGAUGCGAAGACGAUUUCCUCCUGGGCCAACUCCAUAUCCCUUCUUUGGAAAUCUGCUGCAGAUGAACUUCAAAAUUCAUCAUGAGCAUCUUAAAAAAAUGGCCAAAAUUCAUGGUAAUAUCUUCACCUUAUGGUUUUCAAACACUCCUGCUGUUGUCCUGCAAGGGUUUCAGGCAGUGAAGGAAGGUCUCACUGCUCAUGCUGAAGAUGUUGCUGGAAGGCCUACAAGCAAAAUUUUUCACAUUCUGACACGAGGAAAUGGUGUUAUAUUCUCUAAUGGUCAUCUCUGGAAGCAGCAGAGGCGUUUUGGAAUUGCAACAAUGAGGAAAAUGGGAGUAACGAAAAAAGAUAAGGAUUAUCUACUGCAAGAGGAGGCUGCUCACCUGGUGGAAUACUUACAGAAAACAAACGGAAAACCUCUGGACCCCACUAUGCCUGUUGUUCAUACGGUCUCAAAUGUGAUUUAUCUUGUGAUUUUUGGACAUCGUUUCUCCAGAGAUGAUGAGAAUUUUCACCGUCUGAUUGAAUCCUUUGACACCAUUUCAGCAUUUUUGAACAGCAUCUCCUUCUUUAUAUAUGAGUUGUCUCCCUGGCUUGCUGGUCAUUUUCUGCCAUCAGUUAAAAAGCUUAAGUCCUGUGUACGGUUUGUGAAUGAUCUGUUAGCAAAGGAACUUGAAAGUCACAAAGGAAAAAGAAAAUUUGAUGAGAAUCGAUAUUUUAUUGAUUACUAUUUGGAUGAGAUAGAUAAAACUAAAGGAGAUGCUGAUGCUACUUAUGAUGAAGUAAACUUUCUCCAGACCAUUUUUGACCUCUUUAUAGCAGGCAUAGAAACUACAGCCACCACUUUACUGUGGGCAUUACUCUAUAUGGUGAUUUAUCCUGACAUUCAAGAGAAAGUCCAGAAGGAACUGGAUGCUGUUGUGGGUUGUUCCCACGUAUUUUGUUAUGAGGACAGGAAGAAGUUGCCCUACACAAAUGCUGUAAUUCAUGAGAUCCAGCGAUACAGCAACAUACUCUUAAUUGCACUGCCCAGACUGAGUGUGAAGGACACAGAGCUGCUGGGAUAUCAUAUUCCAAAGAACACCAUAGUUUUAUCAAAUAUUGACUCUGUUCUGGCUGACCCUGGAAAAUGGGAGACACCUGAUCAGUUCAACCCAGGCCACUUUCUGGAUAAAGAUGGAAACUUCAUAAACAGAGAAGCAUUCUUACCAUUUGCUAUAGGGCACCGUGUGUGUAUGGGGGAGCUGUUGGCAAGGAUGGAGUUGUUUAUUGUCUUUUCCACCCUGCUACAAGCAUUCACAUUCACCCUGCCAGAAGGUGUGAAGGAAGUCAACACCAAAUUUGUUUUUGGGAGCACGAUGAAGCCACCUCCCUACCAAAUCCGUGCCAUUCCUCGAUAGGAAAUGGCAGAUUCAGGGAAGAGUUACUCUAAAACUGCUUCUAUAUGGGAAUUCCUUUUUUCAUGUCCUAAGAUUUUUGCUUUCCUCUUCAUUUGCUUAAUCACUACCGUGAAAGAUUCUUGACAAAAUGUUGCAUACUGAGCACUAGAAUUAUAAAGGGUUCAUAUUUUGUUCUUUUUUCUGUUUGGAAAAUAUUGGUAAACUUUUC